AUGCCUUGUCAUCAAGAAACAGCAGGCAACAAACACAUACAUGAUUCAGACUCAUCCCCUGGUGACCAUGACUUGAUCUCCCCCAGCACUCAGCACAAGCCAAAGAAACCAAAGCUGUCAUCUUGUGCAAAGGACUAUGACAACAAACAGAAGCCCAACAAUGAUCCACCAGAUGAUGACUGCCUAGGCAGUUCAAGCAAGGCUGUGCCAUACAAACCAGAUGACAAUGUCAACAAUGGGAAGGGAAAGCAACCCAAAGAGCAGCACCAACCAGAUGAGAAAGAGCCUGAGCUCAAUAGGGAUGUUGAGAUGAAGGAUGAUGAGGACCUUGAUACAAAAGAAAAUAAGGAUGUCAAUAUGAAGGACUCCAAUGACCCUCCCAAGAGACUCAAUUCUCCAUCACCCAUCUUGCUGAAUGACAGUGAUGAUGACUCUACCUCCAACCCUAAACUGGGUGGUUACCUGCCAAGCAUUAUUCCUAUUGCAGACUCUGGUGCUGAACUAGACACUAAUCAGCUUGGACUGUUGGCAGUGGACCUGAAUAUGGACUGUAAUCAAUUCUUGGGUGAGCUCUGGGCAUGGUGCUAG